AAAAAAAAAAAAAAACUUGUCUCGCCAUGGCCUCUUCUCCUGGAAAGAAUGCUGGUCCGAGACAGGAACAACAACAACAGCAGUUCAGUCAUCGCCAACUCAACAUUAAUAAUCCUAACCAACUAGAAAGCAAUCAUAAUAAGACAGGGUACCAUCUCACUGAACAACAGGACAUGGAUGCCAUUGUCCCCGCUUCAGAUGAGAGCACUGAUGAGGAUGAGGAAUAUAACUCCUAUAUUCAGCAACAAGAACAACAAAAACAAAAGCAACAAAAUUUUCAAAGUGAAUAUGACUCAGCCGAAGAUGUAGACGAGGAUGGUGAGGCAUAUGCUGCUAGCCAAUACAACCAUCAUCAACAUCAACAACUUCAGCAAAUACAACAACAAUAUCAGCGGCAACAGCAACAACAUCUUCACGCAUAUCGAUCACAGGCCAUGAAUAUCCAACAAUUGCUUCAUCAAACUCAGUCUCAAGACCAAGAUAUGAGUGGCGCAGAUAGCCAUGAGGAAGAGGAAUAUUACCAGCAGAAUCCUCAGCAUGACCCAGAUGUACAGCGUCAAAUGGAUAUUGACAUGUUACACCAACAUGAUGACGAUGAUGAUGACUUUGACGAGGAGGAAGAGGACCAAACAGAUCAGGAAAUGAUAGACCAAGAUGAAGGUUCUGAGGCAAUGUCUCUGACGGAGGAGGACAUUGAUUUCAAUCUUGUUUAUGCUUUCCACACCUUUGUCGCGACACAGGAAGGGCAAGCAUCGGUUGUGCGUAAUGAUUCACUGAUGCUCCUCGAAGAUACCAAUGUUUAUUGGUGGUUAGUUCGAGUCCUAAAGACUGGCGUCAUUGGCUACAUUCCUGCUGAGAAUAUUGAGACACCAUUUGAACGGUUGGCUAGACUUAAUACCUACCGCAACGUACAGCUAUCGGCACCCUCAUCUGAAUGGGGAACAUUUGAUGAGCAUGUUCAACCGCUUGAUCCAGCCAUCCUUGAACAACGUGCUAUAAGCAGGCGAUCCGUUGCCUUCACGGCCCAGAAUGAGUUCCUUGAAGCAAGUGAAACGGAAUGGACAGAAGAAGAUGAGGGGGAUUGGUAUGAAGAAGGUGAAGAGGAGGAUGAAGAAGAGGAUGAAGAUCUCCAGGAGUUGGAGGGUGUUGAUGAUGAUGAAGACUAUGACGAGUUUGAUGACGGGGAGACACAUGACCAGGAAAAUCAGUCUUCUACAAACCAGCAGGGAUACGGGAAUCAUGUACAAAAGUCAUCAUUACAACUAGAGGCUGAGCGUGUUCAGCAGGAAAUUUUGAACGACCAAAAAAGAAUGGCAGCCAUCACCGCUAGCCAUCAUAUGGAUGCUAAUCAGAGGCUCAAUCGUCAUGGACAGCAAUCAUCAAAAACAGGUGACAACGAGGAGGACGGAGAGGAAGUCCAGGCGACCAACCGCUACAGAAAACCACUUUUGGAUGAAGAUGACCUCUUCCUUUCAAAUACUGAACCACGCGUAAUAUCUUUAACGCCCGCCAUCGCCCGAGACAAUACUGUUGCACAUCGCGGUUCAACACCCACUGGCAAGACUCGGACGCUACGUCUCUCUGAGGAAUCGCAUAAGCAACGGUCGCAAUCACCUCAACAACAACAACAACAGCAGCAGCAGCAGCAGCAACACAAGGGUGUAUCGGGAACAUCAGGCGCUGAAGCUAGAGCAAAAGCAUCUGUUAAUGCUACGACCGACAUUCGCACUUCAAAUCUAGACUUGGAGGCCGAUGGAAAAGAGAAGCAAAAGAGUCAGAUCACAGAGAGAAAGGAUACUAAGCUGAAUUCAUUGCUCGGCAAAAAUCAAAUAGAACCUAUGGUUGGGAAGUCAAAAACAGAAUAUGAAGAAGGACUAUCGCCAGAGAGUGUUAUUGUCAAAAAGCCAGGAAAGUUCAAGAGUCUCUUCGGUGUUGGGAAAAGCUCCAAAGACAAAGAGCGCAAAGAAAAGGAGAAGCAGGAGAAAGAGAGGCUGAAGAAUCUUGCCAAGUCAGGCGCAGGCUCGUCGAGCAGUGGCAGCAUUAGCAGCAACCUCUUUAGAGCACGCUCUAAUUCGAAUGGGUCUGUUGGCUCUUCCACCGCGGGCCCUUCACCAUCAAACAUCCCACAAUCACCCACUGUGGACAAGUCUGAACCUCCGCCACAGGAGAUCAUGACUCUCCGUGUGUACCCGGGCAAUGUAGACUUUGGAGCAUCCAUGUACAAGACUGUAGUAGUAACCCCCUCGACUCUGGCCUCGGAAGUGGCACAUCAGGCCGUCUUCAAGUUCAGAUUGGCUCCUGAUGGCACUGUAUCCACCGGAGACUUUUAUCUCACUGUAAAGGGUCUUGAUGGAGACGAGACUAUCCUCCAAGCAACAGAUAAGCCCAUGGCAAUUUAUCAGUCUUUGACAGCACACCUGACCACACCAUUACCUGCAAACCAUCGCCUUUCGAUCUCAUCUGUCUCCUCUAUGAUGUCUGUCAACUCUACUGGCUCACAGACCUCCAACACAAACAAUCUACAGCCAUCAUCGCCCAUGACAGGCACUCCAGGGCGCAGAAAUUCAUCUGGGAAAACUGAAUCACAGCCGCGUUCGAUUCGAUUCUUACUCAACAAGAAGAUUCGUCGUCCUGGAUCGAUCGCGCUCUCGACCUUGCCAUCGACGCCGACGACACCCACUGCCCCUCAGGAUGAUCUUUUCUGGGUUAAGGUCAUUUGCCAGGCACAAGACCUGCCUCAGUCCAUGAUAUUAUUGGAUGGAAUGGGUUCUGCAAUGGAAAAAUCUGAUCCACGUGUACAUGGACAAUCUGUGGCAACCAAGGUGGAACAUUGGAUCCCAAUGCAAACCACAUCUAAUGCUGGCGAUAUUAUUUUUAGGAUGCUUGAAAAAGUCGGUAUUCAUGCCGGAGUUGUUGGCGGCGUUCCUGAGCAUGUAUUGGCGUCCAAGCGUGCUACAGUGCCUAACGGCCUUGUGAUUGAGUAUCAGCUAGGUCUGAAGCUAAACAGUAAUACGGCAAAGAGGGUUAAAGCAGGGGAGGAAAUCCCAUUGCCGCCUCAAGCGCCUUUAGUCCAAUGCUUUGAAGAUUAUCAGUUGAUUCCCAUCCGAAGGUCGCCAAAAGCCGACGUCGCAUCGAUGCCUUUGCAUCCUGAUUAUGUAUUCUUCCUUAGAAAGGCGACCAAGAGUCUUCAAGCGGAAAUGCGACUUGUCCAGGAACAGCUUCAGAUGAAACAACAGCAACCUAGAAAUACGCCUUCACCUAUCCAUUCAAUCCGUUCUGGAGAUUCUGACACUGCGUCUGUUGCUCAGCCAAGUCUUACCAGUAGCGUUAAUGUCCUCACCAGUCCGACCUCCACUGCCUCACAGAACCGUAACCUCAACUCUGCAUCUACCGCAUUAAUGAACGCAAGUCGACACAACGCUGGUAAUGUCAUAGCAUCCUCACCAGUCAAAGCCCCACGUAGAACAGACUCUGUCAUUAUGAGCCCUACAAGCCCACUGAUCCGCGGGAACUCGUUUGACAGUAGCCCCACACCGUCGACACAACCAUUGAUGGCUACACAACAGAUCCAAUCACCAUCACAGUUAUCAAGAACACCCACACCUGACCGUUUCCAGCAGCAGCAAUCACACAUACGUUCCUCUGGCGUCCAUCAAUCUUCUCCCACGCCAUUGGGAAGGCAGCUUCAGACCCCAUCCCCGGCUCCAUCGAAUCUAUCGAGCCAUGUAGAUCAACAUGAAGGAUCGCGGUCCUCAACGCCAGAAAGGUCUUCGCGAGUUGAUCGGCCAGAGCGACAGAGAGCCACUUCACCUUCCUUAACACAUGGACCUUCACCCUUGUCAUUAUCUUCGGUUAUGCUCCAAGAUGGCAAUGCAAACCCAACAAGAAUGAGAAAAGGGUCCUUUGCAUCAAUAGAUGACCUUUUGACGCCAUCCAAUCAAUCAGCUCGUUUAAAUAUGAAGAAGAAUUCUCUACAUGGCGUAGACAUUGUUCUCAAUAAGGGAAUCGCACGCUCCUCAAAAUCCACUAACCCAGCGACGCAGAUCAGUCAGUUUCAUUAUUCAUUUAUACCACUGGAGGGUGGUGAAGAGAUAGAUAUCACAGAGAUCAUUGAGGAUGUACUCGGAGGCGACUCGGAUGAUGAACGAGAUGAUUCGCGUGGCUCUCGAAACCUAGGCCAUGAAGGCAUGCUAGAAUUGGAGACAAUGUCACGGAAAGAGCGCAUUGCAGCUGCAGUGGCUAGAGCAUCACAAGCCGUUGCAGCAGGAAAGGAGCGUAGGAAAGUCAAUGCAAGCUCAAACUCAGCACCGAGCAGCAGCAUCCGAAGCCGUAAAAACAGUUCUGCUACGGAACGAGAUCGUCUUGAACUUCUAGGUACUUCAGCUCGAGGAGGAGAAACAUUGUUGAAGCUUGAACGCGCAUUGGCGGGCGAGUCUGGGUUUAGCAGUGGAAGGAACUUACCAUCACCUACAUCCAUGUCAUCUUCACUUCCGAGCCCCACCCUGAAUCGCAAACCAAGUGAUGCUGAAGUCCAGGUCGCGUCUGUUACUUCUGUCGGACCCAUCUCUAGUAAGAAGCAGUCGCAGGUUCCAGUGCCCACCACUGUCAUCGUCGACGCUAGUAACGGAACUGGGCUUGGCUCUGCUGGCCAUGAAUCACAAGCACCGCCAUUAUCUGGGUACACAAGAGCCACGCUACUUUCCAGUCUUGCUUCGGUCUCGGGUCACAAGGGAAUUAGCAGCAACACUCCAUCACCAUCCUCUCCUUCAUCCACUAACCCUCUGUACCAAUUUCCUGCAGAAGGUCGGUCUUUCUCGCCGCUUCCAAGGCCCCUGCAGACACCCUCGCCUGCAUCUCGAGCUCACCAGCUUUCUAUCCAAACUGGCUUAGCUAAUGUUAGCACUGGAGGGCCCUCCUCUGCAGGGACAGUUGAAGGCAACAGUAAUGACCCCCAGUCUACCUCACUACACCGUCAUAACAGCAGGAGUCGAUCUGCUAGCACCACCGUUGCUGAUAUUGCAAGGAUGGGACCAUCCAUUCAGUCCUCGCCUGCAUUAUCCUCUUCCAGAACUGGCAGCCUUCAUAGUGGCUCUGCCUCGGAAUCAGCAGUUGGAGAGCACUCAUUGACAACUGCACAACAACAACAACAACAACAACGUGAAGCAUGGCUACUCUCAUCUGAUUACAAUACAGGCAUGCAAGACCUACUUACGCUUGUUCGUGGAGGUCGAUCUAGCUCUUUAAGCACAAGUUCGCCUUCUUCGCUUAGGAACGGGUUGACGUUUGGCAAAGAUGGCCGGAUCAUCCAAUCAUCAACGUCCACGCCCUUCUCAACAAGACAACGAUUACUUUCUUUGCAACACAACUCUACAGCUCCACUACAAACACACCAACAACCACUCUUGUCGCUUCCUUCUCUUUACAGCUUCAAGAGCAAUAGUAGCAGUAAUAAUUAUAAGGAUACCCCAGUUCAUGACCAACACCGUUUUGAUGAUAAUAACACGAACAACAGCAACACUAAUAAGCACAAUCCAUCCACAACAACUAAUGACAAACAGCAACAGCUGUUGGCUUGUUCGACAAGUAAUAUUAUUAACCCUGCUACGAAUCUCGCCAUGACAAAUGGAGAGGAUGAUAAAGAUGAUAAUUUAAAUGGGGCCGCUGAUUUCGAACCAAGGAUAUGGACCCGAACUGAUAGACGGUUACGAGAUGUGAAAGAGGAAUGUCAUCCAGAGGUUUUUGAAUGCUGGAGGGAGGUUGACGCUGAUUUAGACAAGGUCGAAAGAGACCUCGAUGCUCUAUUAGCAACGGUCAAGGCAACAAUAUUCUAGACGUCUUGAAUGACUACCUAUUUGUAUCAUCACUAUUUCCUUUUACGUGUUACUAUUACUACAAUCCAUUCAGUAUCUUAAAUAUGAACUGAUCAACUUGAUAGGGCC